AUGACGAACCUCUGCUGGCCCUCCUCGGGCGGCCCCUUUGGCUUCUUCGACACCUGCUAUAGCGUGCGCGGACUCAACUACCUCAUCCCCGUGUACUCCAAGGGCACCAUGUGCUUCGCGUUUGCCGGCAGCGGUGACCGUGGUGUCUCCAUCUUCGGCAACAUCCAGCUGCAGGGGUUCCGAGUCGUGCACGACGUCGACGGCCAGCGUGUUGGGUUCGUGCCAAAUAGCUGCUGA